AAAAUAGUAAACUUAUUAUUAUUUUAAUAUUUAUUAAUGAAUUGAAGUGAAAGAUAGUAUGUUACGUAAUUUAAAAUUUUGUUCAGCUAUUACACAUCAAUUAAAGUUUGUCAGAAAUGCGGGUCAUUCGAAAUGGGCGAAUAUUAAACACACAAAAGCUGAGAAGGAUGGGGAGAAGGCAGCGUUAUUUAUGCGAUACACGCGCGCUAUAAGAAUCGCAAUUCAGGAGACGAAUCAACCGAACCCAGCUUUUAAUUCUAAACUAUCAUCAAUUAUUAGUGAGGCACUUAAGAAGAACAUGCCAAUGGCAACGAUUAAUAAAAAUAUUGAAAAGUUCAAAACACAGCAAGUGCAGUUGAAGAAGCAUGUUAUCGAGGCUAAAUGUUGCAAUAGAAUAUUUCUCAUAGCUGAACUUUACACAGAGAAUUUAGCUUUGCUUAAAAGCAAUAUAAAUAUAUUGUUCAAAAAGGAAACAAAGUCACAGCCAGCAAACUGCAAGCACAUGUUUGAUGAAAUUGGAAUAAUAGAAAUCUCCCUGCCUGAAACAACAUGUAAAUCAUCAUCAGAAUUUGAGGAUCAAAUCACAGAAGAUGCUAUCGAAUGUGAAGCACAGGAGGUUGAUGACGUGAAUUUUGAUGACAAAACAGCCACUAUCAUUUGUAAUCCCGAACACAUUGAUAGAGUAAAGGGUGAAUUGAUGAAACGUGGUUAUGUGAUUGAUAAUAGCGAGGGACUUUUCAUUCCGCACACCACAAUAAGCAUAACAGAUGAUGAACGAAAACAAUACGAUUCACUAAUCAAGCGAAUUACACAACUUGAAGGAUUUGAUAAAAUAUUUGAUAAUGUAGUGACUGAAUAAAGACAAGCAAAAAGAGUUUUAGGAAAAGUUUACAAGUUUAAGGAUCAUUGGGAGAAGUUUA